AUGAUAAUUGAGAGAGCAUUUUGUGACCUUGGUGUAAGCAUAAAUCUUAUGCCUCUCUCUUUGAUGAAGAAGCUCCAAAUCCAUGAAUUAAAACCCACACAGAUAGCUCUCCAAAUCGUUAAUAAGUCCAUCAAGCAAGCACUUGGGGUUGUGGAGAAUGUGUUGGUGAAAGUGGGAAAAGUUUUACUCCUAGAUGAGUUUGUCAUCCUAGACAUGGAGGAAAACUUCAACACUGCCAUCAUUCUAGGGAGGCUAUUCUCAGCUACGGGCAUAUCAUUGAUAGAUGUUGAAAAAGGAGAGUUGAUGCGAAAAGUGCAUGAUGAGCAUAUAGUAUUCCAUGUCUUCAAGAGCUUGCAAGAUUCUACCCAAGAAAAGGAGUGCAUGAAGAUUGAUUUCAGAGAUCCAAACUUGAAGGAGGCACUCAAUGAGCCACCUCCAAAGCUUCUAAGCCCAUGCUUGAAAGACAGAAAAGAAGUAGAAAUGGUGCAACGAGCUCAAGAGGUCAAUAAGGAGUUACAACCAAAGCCUCCAUAUGAGACAUUCAACAAGAAUCCUCUAGACAUUAAGACCCCAAAGCAUGAAUCACCUCUUGAAAAAGAGAGGAAUCCCAAGAAGAAAAUGCCAAGAGGUUGGAGAAACAAGAAAAUCUGUACUAAAGGUUUCUCACUAGUGGACAAAGUGAUGCUAACUUACCAACCUAUAGAAAAGUGUGAUAGAAAAACUAGCUAG